CGCAUUUGUCGUGAGACGGAAUCCAUUGCCGAUAGAAUACACAAACAACUGCAGAAUUUUCGCUAAAUGAGAUUUAUCCUUUAUUUUAAAACAAGGAUGUGAGUGUUUGACAGAGAGAACAGAUAUGGCCUCAGACCUCCAUGAAACCAUCUUCAUGGCCAAACAGGAGCGACACAAGAAUCUUUUCCUGAACUACAGGAAUCUCAACAACUUCCCCGUCGAGCUUCUCAAAGAUGAAGGUCUGCAGUUCCUGGAGAGACUUUACAUGAAGAGAAACUCUCUAACCAUGCUGCCUGAGAAUCUAGCGCAGAAACUCCCCAACCUGAUAGAAUUAUACCUCCACUCAAACAACAUUGCCAUGAUUCCUCAAGCAAUUGGCAGCCUAGUAAAGCUGCAAUCACUGGACAUGAGUGACAACGCCCUGCAAAUCAUCUGCCCAGAGAUUGGUCAGCUGCGUUCUUUACGACACCUGCGAUUGGCCAAUAAUCAACUGAAAUUUCUCCCACGAGAACUGGGAGAUCUUCGAGAGCUGGAGACUCUCGAUGUGUCCAUGAAUCUCCUGAGGACUCUUCCGGAAGAUCUGCAUCAGUGUGUGUCUCUGCAGUGUCUGACGGCGGACCGUAACCUCUUGUACUGCCUCCCCCGUCAGCUCUGCUUACUACCUGACCUCAAUGAGCUCUCAAUGGCUGCCAACUGCCUGACCUCUCUCCCCCUAGAUCUUGGACGUUCCAUGGAGCUGCAGUUUGUCUUUGUGGACAACAACGCUGUUCUGAAGGGCCUGCCAUCAUACCUCUAUAAUAAAGUGAUUGGCUGCAGUGGAUGCGGUCUUGCUGCUCAGGUAUCUGAUGUGAAGCAUCUCUCUCUGGGCCUUGGAGCUAUGACCAUCCCUCUCCCUUCUGAAGUGAAGGCCAUCGGAUUGGAGACGGACCGCGUGUUGCCGCUGGAAGAGCUGGCAUGUAGAGUCCUGCAAGCGGAUGGUGACCAGUCGGGCAAAGGAGAUGUCAACUUCCUGUUGCCAAAGAGUCUUCUAGACGUUGUACGAUGGCCUCUGGGUCACUGUCACCGUUGCAGUCAGCCCAUGUUCACCAUCGUCUACCCCAAACUCUUCCCUCUCAGAGAGACGCCACUCGCUGGAGUGCACAAGAGAACCACUGUGAGUUUUGUAGCAUACUGCUGCUCCAGCCAGUGUCUGAUGACCUUUGACCUCCAGGGCUGAUGUUUCAUGCAAUAACUUCACAUCACUGCUCGUCGAGUGCCGAGGAACAUCAUGAGCUGACUUCUGACGAUGUUCUAGAUGUCAAAUUCACGUCACACACAAAGCCAGCACUUGCUUUAAACCUGAUGACAUUUCUGAAUUGAAUUCAGAAUAUGAAGGGCCUGUUCAAACAAUAAAGUAAUGUGUUAUUUCAGUUUACAGUUAGCAGAACGGUCACAGGGGUCUAUAGUGAGAAAUGUUGAAAUGGAGAGCAGACUUUUUAAAGAAAGCACUUUAUAUAUUUAUAAGAUCCAAAGACGGAUGAUAAAUAUACUUAAGACUGAUUGGAUCUAACAGGAAUAUGGGGAGAGAUAUUUUAUAUUAUAUUAAACAAUCGUUUUUUUAAUUGAACUACAUUUUUAUUUAUCUGUAAUACAGAAUGACGCAAGCCUAAUUUGUGUUGAAAAGUACUUAAAUUACUUUUAGACAUUACAAAUUGCCACCAAGUUGCAAAAUGAUCACAUUGAGUGUCAUAAACAUAUGUGUGUUGUUGAAAGUGAUGAGGAAUUACUUAGCAAUGACGAAGUCUUAAUGUUUAUUGUUUUAUCGAAAGAUGCUGUUUAUGAAAGUGCCAACUGACCUUGUGUGAAUCUUGCAAUUGAUUGUUCUCAGUGAGAGUAACUAUUUUUGUCUAAAAUAAUAUUUUGAGACAAUUACAUUUUAAGACUAUAACAUUUGAAUUGUUAUAUUGAGAUAAGCAGAUAUUACACUAAGAUCUUGACUGUAGUUCCUGAAGAAGAACUACUAACAAUUGUUCAUCUUUCAUAUGUAUAGGUGCUCAUCUACAGAAAUACAGAUUAUAAAAAUAAGACUUAUUGGGACAGUCAA